AUGACACUUUUUCCUUACCUCAUUGGAGUUUGUGUAGCUCAUCGAAGCCUCUUUGUCUCACACCUCGUCCUGGACAUCCUACUCCUCGUUAUUGGAUUCGUUUAUACGGUUACCAUGAUCGUAUUUUCCAUUGUUUUGUACGUUCUUAUCGGAGAAAUGCCGAAGGAAAUCCUGUUCGAAUGGGUAUUAUUUGCUCUAGUACUUGAUGCGAUCCUGCUGCUCUACGCGUGCCUUGUUGUGAUUUCGCUGCGCUGUUGCGAACGAAUAAUCCAAAGUCGUCUGUCGAUGAAACCUGAAGUGCCGAGAAUCUCUGAUGAAGCAGAACAAGUCUAA